AUCGAUAAGGGUAUAUAGAGUGAACAAGAGAUCAAACCCCAAAAAUGGUGAAAUUGCAGAAGCGAAUAGAUGUCAAUGGCGGGACUUUCCUUAGCUUUAUCUUUUUGCUUAAUUUUCCUCUUUGCAAUAUCUGAAGCAUCACGUUGCUCGAUCAUCGGGUUGCCCCUUGUAAGAAAUAUCAGUGAGCUUCCACAAGAUAACUAUGGAAGGGGAGGCUUUUCUCACAUUACUGUUGCAGGUUCAUUAUUGCAUGGGCUGAAGGAGGUGGAGGUGUGGCUCCAAACAUUUUCGCCUGGAUCGCGCACACCUAUUCAUAGGCACUCCUGUGAAGAAGUUUUUGUGGUUUUGAAGGGGACUGGCACUCUCUAUCUCGCUCCUAGUUCUCAUGAAAAGUACCCUGGAACACCAAAAGAAUUUCCUAUCUAUUCAAACAGUACAUUUCUCAUACCUGUUAAUGAUGCUCACCAGGUCUGGAAUACGAAUGAACAUGAGGAUCUACAGAUGCUUGCCAUCAUUUCUAGGCCACCAGCCAAAGUGUUUAUUUAUGACGACUGGUUCAUGCCCCACACUGCUGCAAGAUUGAAGUUCCCCUACUAUUGGGAUGAACAGUGUUUUGAAGCGCCGGUGAAGGAUGAACUUUAAUCACUUUGAUGUCGAUCAGAGUUGUUUUGUCCUUCGACAUGAAGUGUAAAGUGGAACUCUCAAGAAACAGUGGAAAUAUGUGGAACUAUAGUGUGAAGAUUAGAAUCUUCAUUAUUCUACUUCAUAUUUCUGGUUUUGUUAAUAAAGUAUCAUAGUUCCCCAAUCCUUGCUCAUACCAUAGCGAUGGCUUGAAAAGUGGAGUGAUAGUCAUUUGCUCUACAAGACUUCCCCAAUGGGCAAGACAAAAGGCAGUGAAAGAUCUCAUAGAACAUCCUCAGACAUUUGGAACCAAUAAGGUUUACGUAGAUUCAUCAAUCACUUUAUUGUGAAAGAGUUUCCAUAAAAAAAUCUCACAAUAUUGUAUUUCUUUGAAAGAAAAAUAGAAAUGUGCUUCUAUUAUGGUCU